CAUCUCUACAUCCCUGGAUCCCUUUUCUUCCCCUUUUCAUCUCUCUAGAUUCAGCUUCGAAACCCUUUCUCUCCAUCUCCGCGCCAUCGAUAUUUAUCGUUUUCAUCGCCCUGUGAAUCGCCAUCGAUAGCCACAGUCGUCGCCUGCGUCAUCGCACACUACAGCACUUCACUCGAUACCCCUAACCUUUCGGUUCCCGUCAAGAUGCGCAGCAAGUUCAAGGACGAGCACCCCUUCGAGAAGCGCAAGGCCGAGGCCGAGCGCAUCCGCCAGAAGUAUUCCGAUCGCAUUCCUGUCAUCUGCGAAAAGGUCGAGAAGAGUGAUAUCGCUACGAUCGACAAGAAGAAGUACCUGGUCCCUGCGGACCUGACAGUAGGCCAGUUUGUCUACGUCAUCCGCAAGAGGAUUAAGCUUUCUCCAGAGAAGGCUAUUUUCAUCUUCGUGGAUGAGGUCCUUCCCCCUACUGCUGCUCUCAUGAGCAGCAUCUACGAGGAGCACAAGGAUGAGGACGGCUUCCUAUACAUCACCUACUCCGGCGAGAACACCUUUGGUACCGCAUAAACAACGAGGCGAUACAGGGGAACUUUCCAAGCCGAUGUGGCUGAUGCAGGCGUUCUGGUCGUUGGGCUUAUACUCUUUCCGAUGGGGGUUUACUGGUGCUUUGUGAUAUUGCGAUUUCACUGUUAUCAAACAAGAAGAAUCGAGAUGAAGCAGAUGCUAAGACAUCUCUCGUUUCCAUGUUAUCUUUGUCACGAGCCUUACUUUUGGGGGAAAUGAUUUUGUGGUACGACAGAGGAGGGUUUGGUGACAAUUCCAUGUAGGCGGCCAGGCACCGUAUAGAUCGUUUCAGCCUCUCCUAUGUGUGACUGUUACGUUCUCUUUUGCUCUGCGCACCUAAUAUGCCUGUUUUCUGUUUUAUAGUUGACAGAACAACAGAGAUUAAUUUUAGCAUAUCCGCCAAUAGAUGUUAACUUUUGCCCC